AUGUCAGCUCCCCUGGCGGAAAGGCUUGGAACUGCGGACAUAGACUAUCUGUUUCAGCGAGUAAGUCCAGAAUCCCGGAAGACUCACGGUCUUUUUCUCCAGGUGCCCGGUGAAAAUGAAAUCCUGGCACAGAAACUGAGGGAAGAGGCCAGAGCAGUUCUGUUGGAACGGAAAAGCCUCGACCUCCUUGACAAUGACGAACUAGCCGUUCUCUGGAACGUGCUGGAGAAACAUAAAUCAGCCCCAGCCGAGGAUGGCAACAGUUUCCUCACCUACCAACAAUUUCGCAAUGCCGCCAAGGAGGCUAGCCCCAAAGCUCAACGAUAUUUCACGGCGACUAUAUUCGGCAAACUGGUGCAUGGGGACAAACUGUCACGUGUCAACAUCCUCUCCUUCUUCAACUACGUGAUGAAGACCAUCUGGCUGCAGCAGACACGCAUCGGCAUCUCUCUCUAUGAUAUGACUGGUGAGGGUUACCUGCGCGAGUCUGACCUCGAGAACUACAUCACCGAGCUCAUUCCUUCGCUCUGCAAGCUGUCCUCCAUUGACAAGGCCUUCCAGACCUUCUAUGUGUGCACGGCCACACGCAAAUUCUUCUUCUUCCUGGACCCUCUGCGUGCCGGACGUGUGCGUAUCAGUGACAUCCUCGCUAGCGGCUUCCUGGAUGCCAUGCUGGAGCUGCGAGAGGCCAGCACCACGGAGGAGCAGUUGCAGGCCAAUUGGUUCAGCCACCAGUCCGCCAUGCGUGUCUACGGCAGUUACCUGCAGCUGGAUGAGGAUCGAAAUGGCAUGUUGAGUCGACAGGAACUGAGUCGAUUCAGUAACGAAACCCUAACCGACGUCUUCCUGGAUCGGGUCUUUCAGGAGUGUCUCACCUACGAGGGCGAAAUGGACUACAAGACCUACUUGGACUUCGUUUUGGCCAUGGAGAAUAAGCACGAACCGCAGGCCAUCACCUACCUCUUUCGCAUCCUCGAUCUGGGCGGUCAGGGCCGACUGUGUAGCGGCACUCUGCAGUACUUCUUCCGGGCCGUGGAACAACGCCUGCGCAGUGACCAGGACAUACCGCGCUUUGAGGAUGUACGCAACGAGAUCUUUGACAUGGUGAAACCAGCCAACCCCGAUUACAUCACACUGGACGACUUACUGCGGAGGUAG